AAACACUUGAAUGGGAGGUCUGUCGGUGUAAGCAGUGCGGUGGCUUCAGUGUGAACUGUUCUUAACCCAACACUUCAUUCUGCGAGCCUGCAAAAUAAAGUUGUGAGGAGCACGCGCUUGUUGCAACCUUUUGCCAGUGGAUCUAGCACGCGCGCGUCUCCCCGACAACUCGCGGCUGUGUAAUUUCCUUUUCUGCCUGCUCUAUUUCAUUGAGAGAAAACGUGUCAUCUUUCCGACAGUCUACAAUGGACGGAGAUAACAACGUCUUGCCCGAUUUAAAGGAUAUAGAGACAAAAUUGGGUCUAAAAGUCCCGGACAGUCUCAUUCGCUCUCUCGCUGGAGGAAAGCAUCACGAGAAGCACGAGAAGUCGGCAGCGCCGCAUUUAGGGAACCGCAAGUUGUGUGCGAAUAAUGCUGACUUGAAGAGACUGGAGAGCAAAAUGUUGUUCCUGAAACAAGAAAUGGCACAUCUGCGAGCCAUCGAUGUAAAGCUGAUGCAGCAGCUUAUGUCAAUCAAUGAUGGUAUUGAGUCCAUCCGUUGGAUGAUAGAAGACAAAGGAGGCGUGGCCAGCCAAGACGGCAGCCUGACGGGUAGUUUGUACAGUCUGUCAGACAGCCAGGAUGGUAACUCACUGCGAGGCAGCUUCAACAGCUUGAAUGAUGCUAACAGUGACGGGUUAGACAGUCUGUCUGUGGGUAGUUACCUGGACACCCUAGCAGAGGACUUCUCGGACAACCCUUCACCGACGGAUCUUGACUGUUUUGUGGAUAAAACAGUAAUCGACGGUGAUGCUUUCAGCAAAUCACCACUGAAACUCAGGGUGGAAUCAGAUGAAUACUACUGCUUUGGAUAAUAAUGAGCUAAACACGGUGGUUAGAGAGACUACUGAGAUAUUCUGAGAGGAAAGAUUUAAAAUGUGUUCUUCACUUUGACAAAUUAACACAGCAGUCAGAUUAUUUUCCCACAUGCCUCACUUCUUUCUUAUUGUGGCAGAUUUACCAAAUGACUCCUCCUUUUCACCUUGAAACCAGCUACUUACAUUGUGGAUUGAACACCAUCAAUCCAUUGCUACCUGAUGCCACAUGAAAACACCUUAACAAUUCUUUAUGUCUUAAUGUUUUAUCAUGCAGGUCAAGUAAAUUAAAAAGGUGCUCUAUUAUGAUUUACAGAUUGUAUUUAUUAUAGAGUUGUUCAGUACCUCAGCAGUUUAUUUUCACAGUAAGUUCUUUUUAGCCUAAAAUUACUGAAGAGGGGGUGAAUAAAAGCAGUUACAUCAGCUGAACUGCAAAUUUCCUUCUUCAUCUGUGGAAAAUAACACUUUGUGUUAGGUCAGCCAAAAUCUGCUGAUGUAGAUGAAGGAGUAGAUUAGGAUUUAGCAGCCAUUUGGAAAAUUGGACAUUUAAUGCUGUGUGAUUCAAGUGGCUAAACUGUUAAAAGUGGCAAAGUGGUAAGUUUAAGUGUUAAAACAAGUGCAAUUUGCUUCCAUGCCAAAUUCUGAGCACCACCUACUCUAAAUGUUAAGUGUUUAAUUAGUUUUACUCAAAUGUUUUGACUGAUGGAAGUUCCUAAGCUAAACUGCACUCUGCAAUAAUAGAACUUCCAUGUGCAUUUAAGAGAUUAGCAAAGAUGCCUGACUGAAAACCAAAGCUAUUUGAUUGUCUUAUAGAUAAUUUACGCCUGAGGCAAAACCCCGUUAAUAACACCAGAUGGGAGAUUUGUUGAGGGUGGACAUAUGGGAAACACAUGUUUGCUUUGUGGGCACAUUUUAAUUCUGCUGUCAAAAAAGGUUUAAUGAGAGCUGUACAUAACUUUGUUUUGUUUGUUUUAGCUUUUUGUUGAUUUGUUUGACGAUUGUAUUAUAUGCUGCCUGCUUUUUUGAAAGAAAAAAAAUGUUUUUAUUGAUUUCUGUUAAUUUUGUUGUGAAAAUGAAAUAAUAUAUUGCGAUUUUCCUCCUGCUCACAUUGUGUAAGUCAU